AUGGGGACCAAAGAGAGCUGUACUUCCAAGGGGUCUAUAGAAGGGACUGAGGACAUUGCAAGUGACCCACCUAGUUCAAAGUUUACACCAGGAGUGCAGGAUGCUUCCAUGCCAACUGGAAAAAGCUGUUCUCCCAAUAAGUCUAUAGAAGUGACUGUGCAAGUUGAAAGUCGCCCACCUAAUUCAAAGAUUAACCAAGAUACAGCAUUGGCUUCCUCUGGUCAGCAAGACAUUGGAACUCAGAAACCAGCCAAAGAGUCUGCUGUGCAAACAGCUGAUGCUAGCCAUCAGGCCACCAUGACUAUGGCAGAUACCUGGAGCUUAGAUGACCUGGAGCUAGAAAUCCAAGCCAUGCUGCAUAUCCAGGUGCUGAGAGGGCUGCGCAACCAGAGGAAGAAGGUAAGGGCUGCUAAAGAAAGGAGAAGGUGGUCAAGGUGGUCAAAGAGACGAGGUGUCUUCCGCAUCACUGGGAGAUACCGUCUCUCACCAAUAAUGGAGGAAGCCUCACUGUCUGAAGUGAAGAGAAAUGGAGAUGAUCAGAAGAAAAUGGAAAACCCGAAGAGCCAACCAUUCGUGAAUGAUGCUCCACCUGUCCUGGAUGCCCCUCAUGAAGAUAUGGAUGCUCUACGUACUCAAGGCAACAGUCAAUGA